AUGUCUAGAAGAAAUAUUAGAUUACCUGCUGAAGUCAGCCGAAUACUUUAUGUCAGAAAUUUGCCAUACAAAAUAACAGCUGAGGAGUUAUACGAUAUUUUUGGAAAAUAUGGAACCGUUAGGCAAAUAAGAAAAGGGAAUUCUGAAGGGACUAGGGGAACAUCAUUUGUUGUUUAUGAUGAUAUAUAUGAUGCGAAAAAUGCAUUAGAUCAUUUGUCUGGUUUUAAUGUUGCAGGAAGAUAUUUAGUUAUUCUAUAUUAUGACCCUGUUAAGGCACAAAAGAAAAAAGAGUUACAAGAAAAAUUAAAAAAUGAAAAGGAAUCGUCAUAA